GGUUUGACGGAACCAACCCAAAACGACCCGAUCACCCGAGAAGACCCAACCGGCCGGACCCGCCUCCGCCCGAGAAGACCCACCGGCUGCACUCGGGAAGACACCGACGCGCGACUACGCCGCCGCGGCGUCCACCUCCGCGCGCUUCUGGUGACCUCCCCACUCGCGGCCCCGCCAUGCGCGCCGAGGCCACCCAGGCCAGCGCCUUCACCGCCGGGGCCGUGCACGUGCUCUGCUUCGCCGGCCUCGCUGCCGCCCACUCCCUCGCUGGCCGCGGCGCGCUCGUCUCCGACCCCGCGCUCGCCCUCCGCCUCCUCGUGGUCUGUGAAGCGCCCGUUGUCAUCGCUGUGUUCAGCUAUCUCCGGCGGGACUCCAAAUGCUGCUCGUUUCUUAAGGCGGCUGCGAGAGGAUUGCUCGGCUUGCCCGUAGGAGCGUUCCUAAAUGCAUUUGGAGCAAUUGUUCUUGGUGCACCAGUUGGAAUUAAGUACUGGAUAGCAACAACUUAUUGGUCACUUCUCAUGUCCCUGUUCACAUUUGUUCCCGCAGCAUGUGUCUUCGGAGCAUCCAAGACUGAUUGGCAGAAUAUGCUUUCUCAUUCCAUUUAUUUCGUACCAACUGAUGUUAUGAACUACGUGAUCUCUGCACCUUGUCAUGGAGCAGUAAUAGGAGCAUGGCUCGGUACUUGGCCUAUGCCCCUUGACUGGGAGAGACCUUGGCAGGAAUGGCCAAUCUGUGUCACCUGUGGUGCAGUUGCUGGGCAUUUGAUUGGAAUGGUAGUGUCAUUUGUCCUAAUAGUUGUUCACAAGAGAAGGGUUCGUGCAAAAGCUGAUUAACCCAUGGAUGAUGAGUGCUGCCGUGCUUUUUUUUUUAUCUGGUUAGAUAUGAUGGAUCCAGAUUCAUAUAGUGUACAACCGUUCUCCUCACAAAGCUAUGUAUUUGUUGAUUAGCUUUCUUCUUGUAGUGUGAGUGCUGAUGGCUCUCAAUAGAUUCAUCCAGGUUCACAUUGUUAGCUCUUUCAGCUAGCCUUUUUGCAGCUGUACAUUAGUUUCUUGAAUGUAAUGAGAAAAACCGCUGUUUACUUUUUCUAUAGAGAAGAGGGAGGUUUAGGUGUUG